AGAUUAUGUUGUAGUGAACAUUUGUUUUUUCUUCUAUUUAUUUAUUACCAGCGGCUUGUGGGACUACAAUAACAUUUUGUAAAUAAAUAAAAACAUCAAAGUUUGGAAAACACGCUUUAAAGAGUGCUAAAAUACAGUUCUUGAAAAGUGCAGAUAAAACGCUCAGCCCAUUAACUGUACCAACCAUUUGUACGUUCAACUUGGAACAAAACCAAGACGCAAAGAAUAAGAAAGCAAAAAACGAAAACCACAUUCAAACCAAACCCUUCUCCAAAGCCUCAGCUUAAGCGCGGCAAGUGUCUUCGGCCUUAAAUGUUCAUCAAAAAUAAUACAAUUUUGAAUAGCAGCAGCAGUGGAGUUGGCGCAAGCAUUGGCGGCAGCGGCAGCGGCAUCGGCAUCGGCAUAGGCAUUGGCAGUAGCAGUCUUGGUGUUGACAGCAUCGUUGGCGGUGGGAGUGAGAGUGUUGGCGCCAGCAGUGUGGCAGGCAGUUUGAGUAUCGCAAGCAGUAGCAGCGUCGGCGGCAGCAGCAAUAGCAUCGGCGGCGGCGGAGGUGGUGGCGGCGGCGGUGGCAGCGCAGAGUUGCUUUACCCGAGCAGCAGCAGCAGUAGUAGUUCGAGUGCAAGUGGCCAAGUUAGCAGCGCUUGUAGUCAUAGCGGUAGUAGCAGUAGCGUCAGUGGAGGUAGCGCAGCGCCACUAAAUCCAACACGGCCAUCGCGCAGCACCGCGCAGACUGAAAAUAAUAAUAGCGUUAGUGGUGGCAAACGCGGCCUCAAUUUGAGCUUAUUACACAAUCACAGCAAUAAUUCGAGUAGCAGCAGCAGCAGCAGCAACAGUUGCAGCAGCGGCAAUAACAACAACACUGCCAUCAGCAGUGGCCUUGGCACAUUAGUUGGCCACAGUGUUGGUGGCAUUGUCGGCAGUGGUCGGCGUUUGAUUGGCGGUCUUGGUGGCAGCAUUUGGCGUUCGGCCACCUCGAACACAUCCUCCUCAUCGUCGUCGUCAUCGUCCGCCUUAUCCUCAGCCGCAGUUACAGCCUCCGCGCCGCCAACGGCAGCAAACUUAAGCGCUCACGCACCGGCUAGCGCAACAGCAUCCGUCUCCUCAAAUACGACAUCGGCUUCAUCGCCGACAGCUUCUUACGCCAAUUCGACAGCCAGCAGCAGUGCUGUUGCUUUGACCAUUACUGACGGUCUGGGCGCCAAUAGCGGCGGCGGUAAUAAUUAUUUUGUCUGUGGCAGCGCACCGGCGGCAGUAGCAGCAGCAGCAACUGCGGCAGCAAUUGUUUAUAGCGCCGGCAAUAAUCGGGCUAGCGGCAUUGGUAGUAGCGGUAGCAGCAGCUAUCUGCGCGGUCAUACAAAAACUUUACUAUUUCAAACGGUUAACGCAACAACAGCAACAACGGGUAGCAGCGUGAGCGCAAUUGCUGGCGGCGAGAGCAGCGCCAUCAUCAAAAUGGACGAGGAGGACUCGAUGGAUGAGGACAUGCCA